AUGACAUCUGAGGCAGGUGGUCUUUACCAGUGCCUCUCCGAUCUCGUUAGGGUGGAUGACACUGGAGAUUAUACUAAAGGUCUCCAAGUGGCUAAUAAACUUCUUCGUCGUUAUCCAAAAGAAGUGUAUGCUUAUAAGUGCAAAGUAAUUGCUCUUAUACAGCUUGGUCAGUACGACGAUGCUCUUACUCUCAUCAAGAAAACUCCCAACCAUCAAAUGGGAGAGAUCAGUUUUGAGAAAGGUUAUGUUCUCUAUAGAAUGGGAAAAAUUGAGGAAGCUCUGAGUGCUCUUUCCUCUAAGGGCGAAGGCGAUUCAAGAAUUCAGGAAUUGCAAGCUCAAAUAUACUAUAAGCUCGAGCGCUUCCAGGAAGCUCAUGAUAUUUAUCUGAACUUGUUGAAAAAUCACACUGAUGAUUAUGAUGAUGAAAGAAAGGCAAACUUCAUUGCUGUGCAAGCUCAGUUAGAAGCACAGGGAACUUCAGGAAAUAUUUCAACUGGACUGGAAACUUAUGAACAUUUCUACAACGCAGCUUGCCAUCAGAUAGAAAAAGAGAAUUGGACUUCCGCAUUGGAAUUUUUGGAGAAAGCUAUAAGUAUCGCAUCUCGAGAUUUCGAAGCUGAUGGAUUGUCUGAGGAGGAAUGUGAAGAGGAAUUGAGCAUUAUCAAUGUUCAAAAAGCCUUCGUUCUGUUAAAAAUGGAAAAAAUUGAAGAAGCAUUGGAACUUUUCAAAGCUGUUCAAGCUACUAAUCCUAGCGACAUCAGUGUUCAAGCAGUUUUGGUUAACAGCAUUCCUUGUGCUUCCAACAAUGUUAAUUUGGCGGACGCCCGCAAAAAGUUCAAGUUUGCUCUCCAUCUGGAUCAGUCGAAGCUAUCUAGAAAACAGCGCUAUACCUUGAUGCUUAACAAUGCUAUCAUACUCCUGUUAUCUAAUCAACGUGAACCUUGUCGACGUUCACUUGCGGAGUUGAUCGAGAAGUUUGGAAAAAAUAAAGAUUCGAGGCUCGUAGAGGCUUCGCUUUUGGUCAAACUCAAUGAAGUAGACAAAGCUAUUGAGAUUUUGGAUGGUGAUGAUGAGGAAACAAUGCUCGCGAAAAUUCAUAUUCUUUUGAAUAAUGGUAGGGUUGAUGAUGCUCUUCAAGCUUUGCGCAGUUUACCUGCAAACUUUAAAUCCAAGCCAGGAAUAGCGAGUUUGAUUGUUAGUUGCCUAGUCGCAUUGAACAAACAUGAUGACGCUGGAAAGGAGAUGGAUAAAGCUCUGCAAAACACUACCGACCCUCUUGUUCGGAAAACCAUCCUUGAUCAAGCUGCUCAGCUGAAGCUCUCUCAAGGAGAAGCUGCACAAGCAGUUAAAUAUCUAGAACAACUAGCAAGUAUUUCUCCAGAGGAUGUAACUAUUCAAUGCCGCCUGAUUCUUGCCUAUGCUGAUGUCGAUCCUAAGAAGGCUGAAGCUCUGAGCGUUAAGGUAUUCCCUGAUGAUAAUGCCGCUGGGGUUAAUGUUGAGGAGUUAGAAGAGAGUGAUUGGAUAUUAUACGGCGAAAAGUACAGACAAAAGAAAGAAACGAAAAUGGAAGUUGAAGAUUCGGAGAUAAUCACGAGAAAGUUGAAGAAUAGAAAGCGUAAGAGAAAAAUACGCUUGCCCAAGAACUACGACCCCAACACUCCUCCGGAUCCGGAAAGAUGGUUACCUAAGCAAGAGCGUGCUGCCUAUAAGAAAAAAUAUAAGAAGAACCGUGAUAGAGACAUUGGUAGAGGAACACAAGGAUCUUCCAGUGCAAAUCCAAACGUUGAGUUUACCUCGAAUUCUCCCGCAUCGCCAAGACCAGUUGGAGCACCUAUCGCCGAAGGCCCCCGCCAGAUGAGACCUAAACAACAGAAGGCCAAGAAGAAGAAGGCCAAGUAUUAA